UGCAACGAGGAGAUAGUUGGAGGCUGGAGCAAUGCAAGAAUGGCGGUCUUCAUUUGAGAUUCAAAUGAAUCAUUUGAACUGUUCGAUGAUGGCAUACAAAUGAACUAGGGCUCAGACGCUCAGUCGCCUGAAUUUCUCUCAAAAAUCUUGCAAAAAUGGCGUCAGGUGCCUCAUGCUCCCGCGUUGAUCAGUUCUACUGUUCAAAGAAGAAGCAUAAGUUUGUAUCACCUCUUUUAAAACCAGGGCAAGAUCAAGUAAGAAGAAACUUGAUAUCAGAGAUAGAAUCCUCUUUAAGAAAUGAACAUGUGGAAACCAUAUCAUCUGUCCAGGGGCAUCUUUCUAGACCACAAAGGGAGAAUCUGGGAUGUAUAGUUGGAGGUCUGCAGUGUAAUUCUUCAAAUAAAAGACAGGGUAGUCCAUCUGUGCUAGAUUUGGAAGAUAAAUCGAUCAAGAAGAGGCCUUUAAGUAGUUUUCGUUCAUCUGACCAUAUCUCUAAAUAUGGAGAAUUGUCUCACAAUUCCAAAGAGACUAAUGUUGGUGGUAACAAUUCAGUGCAUGAAUUGAGCUUGAGGAAAUGCAUUAGAACAUCUAUGGAAGCUGUUGAUGUGACAUCAUGCAAUACACCAAACCUGGCAGAAGUCAAAGUUGGAGCUGAAAAAACUCCUCAGUCAAUGCGUGGAAGCUCCAUUUUUUCACCAGGAGACGCGUUCUGGAAAGAGGCAAUCCAGGUGGUUGAUGAUAUGUCCUAUCAUAAUGAAGAUCUUCCUGAAAAGGUUGUUGAAGAAUCCAAAGGAUCUGAAAAUGAUGUAUUGAAUCAACCUAAUCAUAACAGAACAUCUAAUACAGACAUCAGAACUUGUAAUGUGAACAUUCUUAAAAGUGUAGAAAGUACCUCAUCAAGCUGCGUGGCUUCUAAUGAUUGUUUGGAUAUUGGGAAUUGGCUCCCUUCAGAGUUAUGCAACACAUAUAAGAGAAAGGGUAUAUCAAAACUGUAUCCAUGGCAGGUAGACUGCCUUCAGGUGGAUGGGGUGUUACAAAAAAGGAACCUUGUGUAUUGUGCAUCUACAAGUGCUGGGAAAAGUUUUGUUGCAGAAAUCUUGAUGUUACGUAGAGUGCUGUCAACAAGAAAAGUUGCAAUUCUUGUUCUUCCUUAUGUCUCAAUUUGUACAGAGAAGACAGCACAUCUUGAAGCCUUACUUGAACCAAUUGGUGCACGUGUUCGUAGUUAUUAUGGAAGCCAAAGUGGUGGCACACUUCCUAAAGAUACCUCUGUAGCUGUUUGCACAAUCGAGAAGGCAAAUUCACUACUCAACAGAUUGCUGGAAGAGAGGCGUUUGUCAGAAGUUGGGAUCAUAGUAAUUGAUGAACUUCACAUGGUUGGAGAUCAGCACAGGGGCUAUCUCUUGGAACUUAUGCUGACAAAACUUCGGUAUGGAGCUGGUGACCCAACUCAUGAUCUUCAAAUUGUUGGGAUGAGUGCUACCUUGCCCAAUGUUAGUGCUGUUGCUGAUUGGCUUCAAGCAGCUUUAUACCAGACAGAUUUCCGACCUGUUCCACUUGAGGAGUAUAUCAAAGUUGGAAACUCAAUUUAUAACGAAAAGAUGGAACUUGUCAAAACAAUCUCAAAAAGAUCUGAUCUUGGUGGUAAAGAUCCCGAUCAUAUCAUAGAAUUAUGCAACGAGGUUGUUCAAGAGGGUCAUUCAGUGUUGAUCUUUUGCUCCAGUCGUAAAGGAUGUGAAUCAACUGCUAGGCAUGUUGCAAAGUACCUUAAGCAAUUCCCUUUCAACACCUUCAAUGGUGAAAGUGAAUAUCCUGAUAUUGCUUCUGCCAUUGAUGCAUUGCAAAGAUCUCCAGCAGGAUUAGAUCCUGUAUUAUCUGAAACACUUUCUUCAGGUGUUGCCUAUCACCAUGCUGGUCUCACAAUUGAAGAAAGAGAAAUUGUUGAAAACUGCUAUCGUAAAGGUUUAGUACGUGUGUUAACUGCCACAUCAACAUUAGCAGCUGGAGUGAAUCUUCCUGCAAGAAGAGUUAUCUUCAGACAACCUCGUAUUGGUCGUGAUUUUUUAGAUGGGACAAGAUACAGACAAAUGUCCGGGCGGGCGGGUCGCACCGGAAUCGAUACAAAAGGAGAAAGUGUGUUAAUAUGCAAACCUGAAGAAGUGAAAAAAAUUAUGGAAGUGAUUCAUGAGUCGUGUCCACCAUUGCAUUCUUGUUUGUCAGAAGACAAGAAUGGAAUGACACAUGCCAUUUUGGAAGGUGUUGCUGGUGGAAUUGUUCAAACUGCUAAUGAUAUCCAUCGAUAUGUUAGAUGCACUCUUCUGAAUUCAACACAACCAUUUGAAGACGUUGUAAAAUCAGCAAAAGAUUCUCUCAAGUGGCUUUGUCAUAGAAAGUUUCUUGAAUGGAGUGAAGAUACUAAGUUAUAUAGUUCCACACCUCUUGGCCUUGCUUCUUUUGGCAGCUCUCUUUGUCCUGAGGAGUCACUUAUUGUGUUGGAUGACCUUUCAAGGGCGAGAGCAGGAUUUGUACUCUCAUCAGAUUUGCACUUGUUAUACUUGGUGACACCAACUAAUGUUGAUGUUGAGCCAGAUUGGGAAUUGUACUAUGAAAGAUUCUUGCAACUCCCUGUUCUUGAUCAAUGUGUUGGAAACCGUGUUGGAGUGCAAGAAGCAUUUUUGAGGAGAAUGGCUCAUGGAGCUACAAUUCGCACUUCAGAAAGAUCAAGGCAUGAUUUGAAAGGACUUGGGGUGUCAGUGUCAACCAAUAACAUCCUUACUGAUGAUCAAAUGCUUCGUGUGUGUAAGAGAUUCUAUGUUGCACUCAUCUUGUCAAGACUCAUACAGGAAGCACCUGUGAUGGAGGUUUGUGAAGGUUUCAAGGUGGCACGUGGAAUGGUUCAAUCAUUGCAAGAAAAUGCUGGGAGGUUUGCAUCUAUGGUUUCAGUCUUUUGUGAAAGACUUGGUUGGCAUGAUUUAGAAAACUUGAUUUCCAAGUUCCAAAAUCGUGUUUCAUUUGGUGUAAAAGCUGAGAUUGCUGAGCUUACAACUAUUCCAUUUGUCAAGGGUUUUAGAGCAAGGGUACUUUAUAAAGCUGGAUUGCGUACACCCCAAGCAAUUGCUGAAGCAUCCAUACCUGAAGUUGUUAAAGCCAUUUUUGAACCUUCAGAUAAAUUGGCACAAAGGCUUAUUCAACUGGGAGUGGCUAAAAAGAUAAUGAAUGGGGCCCGCAAAAUUGUCCUUGAAAAAGCUGAUGAAGCAAGGGCUGCUGCUUUUUCAGCUUAUAAGGCUCUUGGAGUUGAUGUUCCUCACUUUUCUGUGAAAGGAGGCGAUAUAUACUCAAGAAGUGAGGUAAUGAAGGGGGAAAAAUCAUCUAAUGAUAAUGAUAUGGCCUUAAGUAAAUCAUGUGGUCAUAACUCCGUGUCUUGCAUUAUUGAUUGUGAAGAUAAAUCUAGCUAUGAUCACAUCAAUGAUGCUUCAUCUUUUCAACUGGGAAAAGUUUGUAUGAAGGAAAAGAAUUUUAAUCAACAUCUUGUUGUUACACCUCACAAAAUUUCAUUAGACAUGCGAUAAUAAUACCAAAUAAUAAAUAACGGUGCUUGCUUCUUGUUAUGUAUUUGUUGUUGUGAUGAGUUGGUGUUUCAUAUGCUAAUUGUCAAAUAACAAGUGUGCAUUUUUAUAAGAGUGA